GUUCGUGCCCGGAUGCCCGACCAGGCUCAUUUGCCACCGCCGCCGCUCUGGAAGCUUGCCGCCGCCGCCCCUCCCGUCGCUCGCUGUCGCCCCGCCCAUUCCAGCCGCCGCCGCUGACCAAGCUCGCCGCAUCCCAAGGUCGCCGCUGCCGCUUCGCAUCAACUGAGCUAGGGCUUCGAAUAGACCCGCCGCCGCGCGUCCCAUACGCUACACACCGGCGUCCCCUCGAGGAAGCCCCAACACAGAUCCGGCCCGCAUCGAGCACCGCUCCUCUCGAGACAGAUGGUGUGUAGUGGUUUUACGGAUGACGGGCAUGCUUCGAUGAUGUCCUGGCUCCGGGAUUCGGAUCGUAGCAGCUCGAUUGGCACUGUGGAGAAGUUCAAUUUGGGCUACUUCGACCCAGAAUACUUUCUGGAGCAUGAGUUUGAUGGAGAAGAGGAGAAGGCCCCUGUUCGUCAUGGACAGCAUGUGGAAGAGCUAGACCCGAAUGCUGUAUUGAUGAAGGAGAUUCUGAUGCUGAAAUCAAGGGUGAAAGAAGAAGAGAAGAACAACAAAAUUUUGUAUGAUGCUCUGAUCAAACAUGAAUUUGAGUUAGCUUUCCAGGACCAGUUGAUAGAGGAGAUGGAAAGCAAGAUUAUUGUAGAAAAAAUGCACAAUGAAGCCCUAUCCUGUCAGCUGGUAGAAGAGAAGAAGAAGAUUGAAGGAGUAAAAGUCUUUUCAGUGGCCUGCCUGAGUGUUGCCCCGACUUUAGGGGUUGUGUUGUUCUUCAUGAUUGAGAAGAUGUAGUUUAUUGAUUAAGUGGUUCCAGUACUUUAAUUGUGGUCCCUUAACUGUUUGUGGACGUGUCUUGCAUGGGAAAGUAGGUAGUUGCAUGCAGGAGACGAUGUUGUUUGUAAGCUUGAGACUUUGUUGUGUUGGAAUAAUGCUUGAGACUUUGUUCUGUUAUAAUAAAGCGUGAGACUUUGUUGUGCUCGAAGAAA